AUGACAACUGCAACUUUCAAAUAUAUCGAUCCGUCCUCUUUUGAUCCUCAGGCCACUGAAAAUUUCAAGAAGCCUUGGAACAAAGUGGAUGGGCCUGGGUACUCCUAUCAACUUACAGAUCGCGAGUGCUCGGUUGAGAAUGUCCGGGGCUGGGAGUCUGAGUUCUCCACAGACAAUGCUGGAUUUGCAUAUUUCAAGGCUCCUGCAAAAGAGACUGCAUUCACAGAUAAUGAACAAAUCAAAAAUGGAUACUACACCGAGAUUCAAGAACUCCUUCGCAACAACCUACCAGGAGUAAAGAAGGUCGUUAUAUUCGAUCAUACAAUCAGACGAACACGAAAAGGGUCCGUACGCAGUCCCGUUCAAUUGGUCCAUAUAGAUCAAACGCCCAAAGCAGCAGAAAUGAGGCUUCGCCACCAUAUUCCAGAGGCCGAAGUGGAAGAGCUGUUGAACUGCCGGUAUCAGAUCAUAAACGUCUGGCGACCAAUCGAAAAUCCAGCUUCAGAUUUUCCUCUAUCUGUUAUUGAUUGGCGAACCACGACUCCUUCUGAUUUUGUGAAAGUCGAUCUCUUAUAUCCAAAAAGCUUUCAAGAGCUUGGCGAGGUAGCACCAGACCCCAGUUCAGCACAAUCGACCGAGGGAUAUGAGGUCAAAGGCGAGCAAUACGCGGUGGCUCCUUCCGAAAAGCACCGUUGGUAUUACUUGAAAGACAUGACCCCAGAUGAGGUGGUUCUGAUUAAAUGUUUCGAUUCGCAAAGCCACAGUAUGACCGAUGGGAAUACGUCAAUCGCUCAUGGGGCAUGUCAUUCCGCUUUCUUUGAUCCACAGGCAGCACCUGGAUCUCCCGGGAGACAAAGUAUCGAACUUAGAUGUUUAGUUUUCUAUGACUGA